GGUUGUAAUAAGGGCAAGCAGCGCGAGGGGACUCGGGGCGUGAAGAGAAACCCCCGGCGGCGCGAAGCGGAGGAGGGAGAGUUCAUCGGAACUCAGCGAUGUCGAAGCGGCAGGGACCCCCCAAGCACCAGAACCGCUACGCGUGGAAGCCGAACCUCGGCCAGAAGAUCAACGAGACCGAGCCUGGGGGCAGGUUCCGUCCUCUGUCGGAGAUCACCGGCGUCUGCCAGCGCUGCCGGGACCAAAUCGACUGGAAGCGCAGAUACGGCAAGUACAAGCCAAUUGUUGAGCCUGCAAAGUGCCAGAAGUGCGGGAAGCGAGCUGUCCGUCAGGCGUACCACAAUGUCUGCAGAGAUUGCUCCAAGGACCUCGGCAUAUGUGCCAAGUGCUGCACUCGUGUCAACGAGCUUGUUGGAAGGGACGCAAAUGAAGAGGAUAGUGAACGCAAGGCACUAGAAGAGGCUAUCAGAGGUGCUAGAGAAAGAGAAAGACGCACCCUUCUUCGCAUUAUGAACAAAGGCAAGGGUGGGGACAGUGGCUCGUCAGUCCCAAAGAUUGCUGACAGAAGUCGAGAAGGUGACAUUUUUCCUGCCGCGUCACUUGAUGAAUACGCAGACCAAGCUAGAGAGCAAGACGAUUCUGAUGAAGAGGCCGGGGACUUCGUAGAAGAUUAGGUUCUGAAUGCUUUAUUUUGUAGAAGUACUUUCUUGGUGUAAUGAGGUGAUGCUUUUCAAGUCCAUGUUAGGCGCUGUAGAAAUACUAUCGUGCUGUGUCAGAGAUUUGAGGUUCGUUUGAUGGGGGUAGGAUUGUUUCAUACUACCUGUUGUUUUCUUCCAAAGCUUCGGAUUGGAAGAUGUUUAAAAUUUCUAAGUUACUGCUCUACUGCGUCAUUUUAAAAA